UUUUUUGGUUAUAUUUCACCUCAUUUUCUAUCUCUCCUCAGUUCUCCCUCUACCAAGCCUUGACCUAAACCAUUAAGGCAUUAACCACCAAGUACCAACGUUAGCAAUUAGCACAACUGACAACACCUUGCCGGUGCCCAACCCUAGACUCAUACGGAAACCGUACACCUUGCCGGCCGCCCCCUCCAGGCCUCCUGUCCUAGCCUGUCACUAUGGGGUCUCGAAUUUGUGUUAAGAAUGUACCCAAAUAUGUAAACGAGGAUCGUCUAAGAGAGUUUUUCUCUCAGAAAGGCGAGGUCACCGAUGCCAAACUCAUGCGCACCAGAGAGGGUAAGAACAGGCAAUUUGCUUUUAUUGGGUACCGGACUGAGAAAGAAGCUGGAGAGGCUAUUAAGUACUUCAACAACUCAUAUAUGGAUACGUCGAGAAUUACAUGCGAGGUUGCUUGGAAAGUUGGGGCUGUGGAUAUUCCUCGUCCUUGGAGUCAGUAUACUAAGGAGAAGCAAGAAACCUCUGAGAAGAGCGACAAAGUUUCUAGUGGCAAAGGUAAGCCAGACAAGAGGAGCUCCAGCAUGAGUAAUGAGAAUGAUGAUCCCAAACUUCAAGAGUUUCUUCAGGUUAUGCAGCCGCGGAGUAAGUCAAAAUUAUGGGCGAAUGAUCUAGUAGUUCCUACUCUUGGCCAGAGUGGCCAAGAUAAGGAGGAGCAUCGUCAGGCAAAACAAGCUCUCAAAAAGCUUAACGGGGACAAAACUUCUGAAAGGAAGGUUGAGAUGCAUGAUGAAAAUCGAAUGAACGUAAGGGAUGUGUCCCAUGAUGAAGUCUCUGAUAUGGAUUAUUUUAAAAGCAGAGUAAAAACAGAAUGGUCAGAUUCAGAAAGUGGAAGCGAUGAUGAAAAUGGGAUUGAUCUUGAUCAGGAGGAUGAAGAUAAUCCUGGUGGCCCUAAAGGUAAUCAGGAUAAGGAAGUUCAGGAGCACAUGGCCCCAAUGGAACAAGAGCAUCUACUGGAAGAAAGUGAUUUUGAAGAAUCUGAUGGUGGAUCAAUGAACCCUGGGAACCUGUCAUCUAAUCCUGAAGACGUUAAUGAAGUGCUUCAGACCGGUCGCCUCUUUGUCCGCAAUCUUCCUUAUGCUGCAACUGAGGAUGAGCUGUCAGAGCUCUUCAGUAAAUUUGGAAAUAUCGCAGAGGUCCAUCUUGUGAUUGAUAAAGAGACAAAGCGGUCCAAGGGCUUUGCUUAUGCACUUUAUAGAGCUCCAAGAGAUGCUCUUAGGGCAUUAGAAGAGUUGGAUAACUCAAUCUUCCAAGGUAGACUAUUACAUGUUAUGCCUGCAAAAGCGAAAGAUUCGUCACUGAGUCAAGGAGCUUUUGUUACUGAGGGCAAACCCAAAACACUGAAAGAAAAGAGGAUUGAAGAGAAAAAGGCAUCAGAAGCUGAGGGCCAAACUCAAGCUUGGAACAGUUUGUUUAUGCGUUCUGACACUAUUGUAGAAAAUAUUGCUAGGAGAUUUGGGAUCAGUAAAAGUGACUUCCUAGAUCGUGAAGCUGAUGAUCUUGCUGUGCGCAUUGCUCUUGGAGAAACUCAAAUCAUUGCGGAGACUAAGAAGGCUCUCACAAACGCUGGAGUGAAUGUGUCUUCCUUGGAAGAACUUGGUUCUGGGAAAACUGAAGGUGUAAAGAGAAGUAACCAUGUAUUACUCGUAAAGAAUUUGCCUUUCAGUUCAACGGAAAGUGAACUCUCUAAAAUGUUUGGCAAGUUUGGUAGUAUUGACAAGAUUAUACUUCCUCCAACAAGAACUUUGGCCUUGGUAAUCUUUCUUGAACCAGCUGAAGCUCGCGCCGCCUGCAGAGGCCUGGCAUACAAGCGUUACAAAGAUGCUCCGCUGUAUCUGGAAUGGGCUCCCAGCAAUAUUCUUCAUCAAGAGUUGGAAACCGACAAUAACUCGAAUACUAAUAUGGUUGUUGAGGAACAAGAAGCUAAGAAGAAUUUUCUCGAACAGCAAGUUGAGGAAAUAUCAGAAGCUGAAAUGGAUCCUGAUCGAGUUGAGUCACGGUCUCUUUAUGUCAAGAACUUGAACUUCAAGACAGCUGAUGAAAUUUUGUCAAAGCAUAUCAGCGAAAAUAUGAAAGAAGGAAGGAUACUAAGUGUCAAAAUUCAAAAGCACUUGAAAAAUGGGAAGAAUCUUUCAACGGGUUAUGGAUUUGUAGAACUUGAUUCUAUCGAGACAGCGACAAAUGUUUGCAGGGACUUACAGGGAACUGUGCUGGAUGGGCAUGCUUUGGUAUUGCAACUUUGCCAUGCUAGGAAGAAUGAAAAAAUUCCAACUAAAGCUGGUAACGAUCGAAGUUCAACAAAAUUAAUAGUAAGAAAUGUAGCAUUUGAGGCAACAGAAAAAGAUCUCAGACAAUUGUUUAGUCCAUUCGGUCAGAUAAAAACCUUGAGGCUUCCAAUGAAGGUUGGGAAACACAGGGGAUUUGCGUUCAUCGAAUUUGUCACCAAGCAAGAAGCUCAAAAUGCUCUCAAUGCUCUUUCCAGUACUCAUUUGUAUGGGCGACACCUGGUCCUAGAAAGAGCAAAAGAAGGUGAAACUUUGGAGGAAUUAAGGGCGCGAACAGCUGUUCAGUUUGGUAACGGUGAAGAUGGGUUCCAAACUGCAAGUACCAUAGCUAGAAAAAGAAAAUUUACAGGUCUUUCUGAUUAGUGGAGAUGAGUUUAAUCUGGAAGUUGUCUCUUUGUGAGCCAUGUUACUUUGUUUUCUUCAUGUAAGCUUGAAUAGAGGCAAUGUAAAAAAGAGCAUUAAUGAAAUUGACCUAAAAAUUUUGACGAAAAAAAAAGUUUCUCGUGCAUACUGAUUCACUAACGUAUUAUAUGAUGUAAAAGACCAAGGUUAUCACUG